CCUUUAGAGAACCAUUUUUUUCAGAGGAAGUGAGCCCUCUCUGGAGGACGUGGUCAGUGACUGGUCAGUGGGGGAGGUCAGUGGUCAGUGGGGGAGGUGACUGGUCAGUGGGGGAGGUCAGUGGUCAGUGCUGGUAAGCUGCUGGUCCGCUCAGACGCACCAUGAAGCUGGCUGUGACCCUCCUGCUAUGCGCUCUGCUCGCCCUCGGCCAACAGGCGCCUUCCAGCGAGUGUGAGUGUGAGUUGACGUCUUCAGAGAAGAUGUUCCCUCGAGACAGACUGCAGGCGGUGGAGGACGGGGCAUCCAAAUGCAACAGCGACAUCACCCCACAGAAGGUGUCCGAGCUGGACCUCCUGCUGCUGGCUCUGCAGCGCCGGCUGCCCCAGCUGCAGGAGGACGUGUCCACGCUGGAGAGGGAGGACGACGGGCAGCUCUACGGGGUCAUCAGCCUGCAGGUGGUGGAGAACGAGCUGGCGCAGAUCAACCAGCUCGUAGCCAGGCUCAAGAGCGCCACCUCUGGCCAUCGGAGCCUCACUGCCAACGCCACCCAACAGUUGGAGAACCUGAAAGCAGCGCUGACGGAGCUGGAGGCGUACGACACCAUGCGGGUGGUGACCACGCAACAAACCAACCAGCGUCUGAGGAGAGACCUGGACCAGUGCACCAACGGACUGGACCACGUCGCCGAGCCCAGCCGGCCUCCACGUGGUAACUGCCCCCACGGUCGCUUUCUGAACAUUACCGGACCGAGGGUCUACACGGCCGGAGAACCCGGCUCCCACAAGUAUGGAGCGUGGGGUCGCGACCCCAGACCGGAGGCGGGGAAGGAGAGCUGGUAUUGGCUGGUGAUGCUGACCUCCAGCAACAGAAACGCCAACUCCGUCCGUCUGUACUCCAGCCUGAGCUCGCUCAUCGUUGGCGUGAGCUCCCCAGGUAGAGUCCUCUUGUUAGAGGUAGUAGCGCCACUCCUCAGAGUUCAGGGAGGUACUCACGAGAUACUCACUAGAGCAUGUGUGGCGCCUACAGCAACAAUCCAUGACUCCAAUCACAAGGGGGGACCCAAAUAGAGACAAACCCGAGCAUAAAGACGUUAACCGUGAGUUUCAUAAGAAACACACUGAAAAUGGGCAUUAGGAAAACAAUAAGAAACUUAACCAAAGCUGAGCCAAAUCUACGUAAUUAGCUCUUCCAGAUGAUGUUAUUGGAGUAAAGGAAUCAAAUUCAGAAUUUCCCGGGGGUUGUGAAGUGACAUAAAGCCAUUUCUAACUGGAACAUCCAAUAGACAGAGAGGCUACGCACCUUUACAAUGAACAAUUAACACAUGUAUUCUUUCCACUCUUGUUCUACUUCUUCCUUAUCUUCUUCUUCUUC